AUGCUUUUACCUCACAUCAAGGCCAUCAUGUUUGACAUCGGUGGCGUCGUUCUCAAGAGUCCCUUCGUCGCAAUUGCGGAGUAUGAGCGAGAGAAGAAUCUGCCUCCAAACUAUCUCAACGUCUCCAUAGCCUCCCGGGGACCAAGUGGCGCGUGGCAGCGAUUUGAACGAGGCGAGAUACCCCUCCACGAGUUCUACGCCGCGUUCAGUAAGGACCUGUCAGACGUGGAGAACGGCAAUGAAUGGUAUAGUCGCUAUUGUUUGCGCAAAGGUUUAAACGACGAAGCGGAACUUCCGGCAUACCUUGACAUCGAUGGUCGUGAUUUAUUUGGUCGAAUGAUGCGCACAGGAGCGUCAUAUGAUGUGCAUAUCGUGACAGCAAUCCAAAAGCUUCGAGAAGCAGGCAAGUGGCGCAUCAUUGCGCUCACCAACAACUUCGGGGCACAUAUUAUUGGGACCGCCCCUGUGGCGUUGUCAGCUGCCGGAAUAUCAGAAUCUGAACUGAGAUAUUUGGGCUGGCAGGACGGACCUGUCCCAAGCCAUCUUCGAGCCCUUUUCCAUCACUUCUUUGAUUCGAGUGAGGUUGGCCUCCGCAAACCGGAUCCCGAAUUCUAUCUCCACGCAUGUCAGGAGAGUGGUGUUCGUCCUCACGAGGUUAUCUUCCUCGAUGACAUAGGCAGCAACCUCAAGACAGCCAAGGACCUUGGGAUGGUCACUAUACACGUGCCCAUCGGUGGAACACGAGAAGCGGUCAGGCAGUUAGAGGAGAUGCUCGGCGUUGAAUUGGCGGUCUCAAACCAGGGAUAUGGGCAUAAAGGUGAUGGCGGAGAGGAUGGAUCAGAUCCGGCCAAAUUCAAGCUAUGA